AUGGAAUGGUUCCCAGAGCUCAACAGCGUGCGCCUCACUCUCGCCAUCCUCCUCACCCUCCUCCUCAUCCUAUACUGGUACACCCGGAUCCCAAACACCAUGCCCAAAAACAUCCCCACGGUACCAAUCUACAUCUCCCUCCUCGGUCUCUGGAGCGACAUGGGCCAAGACAAAACCUACGACCGAUGGCUUCGGCAACCUCUUGAAAAAUACGGCGCCGUGAAGAUCUGGUUCGCUGGACGCUGGAACGUGCUCGCCACGCGGCCGCAGUUCCUGGUGGACAUGUUCCGACACGAAGACGUGUACGCCAAGGCGGGGAGUCAGAAGAAGAUCCCCUGGAGUGUUAUUGCGGCGUUGGUGGGGGAUAAUAUUAUUAAUAGCCAUGGGGAGACAUGGAGGUUGUUUACGGCUAUUAUGAAACCUGGGUUGCAGAGGAGGAUUACAGAGUCGGGGCCUUUGCUGGAGAAGUCGAGGAAGUUUGUGGAUGUUCUGUUAGAAGAACAGUGGAGGAUUGGAGGUGAGAAAGGGUUCCUUGUGAAUCCGAUUAUUCAACGGUGGGCGUUGAGUUGUAUGGGGAUUUGUUUUAUGGGUGUCGAUCUUGAGGUAUACACACCCACUGUCAUUGUCAUGGGUGGUUACCCUGCUAAUAACCUUACCCAGGCUUUAGAAAGACCAGGCCAACGCCUCGAAGAACUCCAAUCAAUCAUCAAAAAGACCCUCUUCAAACCGCUCUUCUUCAACUUCCCCGAUCUCGAUCGAUACCCAUUCAUCUUCCGCCAACGAAAGAUAGCAUUCGCCAUCAUGCAAGAAUUCGGUGACCUCCUCUGCAAAACAGUCCGCCAACGCCCACACCAGGAAACUAAAUCCCCCGACGGCGACCAAGUAGUCGACUACCUCGACCGAGCCCUCAAAGAAGGACGCAUCACGGAAGAGCAAUACCGCGCAAACAUCAAAGUAACCUUCCUCACCGCACACGAAAACGCCCAACAACUCCUCAACUCUACAUUCUGGGUCCUAGGCACGAACACAUCCUCAACUCCCUCCCAUACUUAUUCGCCGUCAUCCUCGAACUACUCCGUUUAUACCCCCCGUCUCACAACUAAUCAACCGCGUAACGACCUCUACCUCCGUGCUCGGCGGGGAAAUCUCCAUUCCAAUCAUACAUGGGUAGGAUGGAAUGCCUUUGGCGUACACACAGAUCCGAAUAUAUGGGGAGACAAUGCGAGAGAAUUCCUCCCUGAACGAUGGGGCAGUGAUGUAAAGAGUAUCCAGAGUGCGAUGCGUAGGAAAACGACGCAGUGUCAUUUUAUUGCGUUUAAUGCGCAUUCGCGGAAGUGUCUGGGUCAGGGGUUUGCCGUGUUGCAGAUGAAGAUUUUGUUGUUUGAGAUGGUGAGGAGGAUUGAGUGGAUUGUUGAUCCGGGGUAUGAGUUGAAAUUGACUUCGGGUGGGAUUAUGGCUCCGUUGGGACUUCGUGCUAUUGUGAGGGAGAGGGGGGAAGUGUGUUUGAGUGAGGGUUGA